UUUAUCCUCGGAUACCUAGCGUCUAAACGCCCCCGCAAACUUGAAUUUAGGUAGAAAUUUUUCAAGUUCUCCAAAACGAGGAAUCGUUGGCAAGUGCGAUUUUACCUGUAGUUAUAUUGCGUUAUCUGCCACGUUUUGGCAAUAGAUCGACUUUUGUCGUGCUUUGAGUGCCUGACAGCCGAUAUCGUCGUACUUGACUAGGUCAUUGCGCAUGGAUUUGAUACGUCGUAUAAGUUUUGUAAAUAUAGAGCAAGUAUAGCGUUUGUUCUCGACUUCGAACGGUUACUUUCUACGGCGAAAACGGGCCCUUUGCAAGCCGCACGUGAUGGACAAGAUUCCCGGAAGUUGUCACCGAUAUGACUUCGGUAUCUCAGAAGAGAAGCCAUGGAGGUGCACGUCAAGGGGCAGGACGUCGCCGCAAGUGCACAACAAGUGUUAUGAAGACUAUUAAACUGUCGCAAGACAUCUAUAGUAGGCUUUGGCGAUUAAAGGUUCAGUGGCAGGUGUCGUCUUUUGGAGAGCUUGCUGGUUUACUUCUGGUAUUCGUUGAGUCCUGCAGUUGCCAAAGACAUGAAGCACCUGAAUCUGAAGACUCCUUACCAUCUAAGCGAAUAAGAACUGAUGAUUCAAGAGAGUAUGAAGGUGUACUAAAUCUCUGCUCUACACCCAACCAGGUGAGACAAGGAAGACAACGUGAAGAUUCCUUGUCAGGGGUCGAGGAUGGGUGCACACCUGUAAAUAUUACAAGCAGCAGUCAAGGUAACAGUGAAGAAAAAGCGUCCGUAGGUGUGUGGCAGCACUCGGAUGUCAGUUCAUCAACAUCAGGGUCAGAAGAAGAUGAUGAAGAAAUCCACAACCAAUCUGAGAUACAGCGAUUACUGGCAAUUCAAGGUGAAUCAGAUGACACAUCUGAAAUUGACCAUCAUUUAGAAACGUACGGUACCUAG